AUGUGCAAAUUCACAAUAAUCAUGUACCCCUUCUGCGGGCACCCAUACAAAGAGGUCGCCCCAAAGUAUGCCCGCGACGCAGACAAAAACUACGGCAACGGCGUCUGCCGCCGGUACAAUGUCGCCUUCUGUGAGCUCGCCAAAGAACGCAUGAGCGGACCCUGCGUGCGGUGGAAUAACGACGAGACGGAGUAUCGGUGUACACUGAUGGAGCUGCCGGAUACGGUGGUCAAGGUGGACUAUAAUGACUGUAAUCUGGAAGGUGGUUAUCUGGGAUGUAAGGCCGGGACGCCGAAGAGAGAGACGGAUAGGUUUGGGAGGCCGGCGACUUUGACUACCAGUGGUGCUGUGUGGACGGGGCCAAAUAGGAGGGUUCAGAGGGGCCAAGAAGAUAGUCAGUAUAGGUAUGAUAAGAGUUGGGAGAGAAACACUUAG